CAACCAAACACUAAGGGCAUCUCCAACCCAUGACACCAUUUUAGUGUCAAAAUUACACUAUUUUAGUGUAGUUUUAGCACUAAAUGUUUUUGUGUCUCCAACCACAACACCAAAUGUUACACUAAAAAGGAAUAUUCUUCAUUAUUUUAUUAUUAAUCAAAUUCUUUUAUUUUUAAUAAUUUUGAUAAAUAUUAAUAGUUUUAUGACUAAAAUAUAUUAACUAAUAUUAAAAUUGUAACUAAAAUAAUAAUUAUAUUUAAGUGUAUUUACAUUAUAUAAUAACAUUAUUAUUAAUACAUACUGUUAUAUUAAUUAAUUAAACACACAAGCAAAAGUUAAAUUAUAACAUACUAGAUCUAAAUAUUAUAAUAUUCCAACUACAAAUGUUUGAAUUAAACUUUGUUAUGUAUUUAAAAUUUAAUUUUAUAUUUGUUUUAUACACCCUAAUAUUUAUAACAAUUAAAAUAUAACAAAACAAUGGUGAUAUAACUUAAAAAAAUUCAUUCAAUUAUAAACUAAUCAUACAAAUCAAAUAUAAUUAAACAAUACAUAAAUAAACAGUUUUAACAAAAAAAAAACAAAAAAAAAACUUUUGCCGUCUGCUACAGUGUUGCACCAAAUAUGGUGUGUCACUGUAGCAAAAAGGAAAAUGACACUAAAAUGCAGUUUGAUAUACCGUUGGGUUGGAGAGAGGAAACAUCAAAUCAAUGCACUAUUUUGCUGUUUUACCGUGUGGUUGGACUUGGCCUAAAUAACGUUGUUCCAUAAUAGAUUGUAUCAAGUUGCUAAUUUAUUGACUACAAGACGAGAAGAUAUCAACUUGAGACACCGUAAGAGUCGAAUAAAUCAAAUGUUAACAGUUUCGUGAAGAGUAACGUAAAGGAAGAGAAAACCAUCGAGUCACUCAAUCUAUAUAUAUAGAGUUUGAGAUAUUCACGUAACAAGUAUAUAUAUGUGACUUUUAAUUAGAGUCUUGGAUUGAACUUAGCAUUUAUGGCGUACGUCGCUCCGAUCGGUUGGAUAGAAGUUAACGCAAUUCAAUCUUAGUUUUCAUCAGUAAAACUUUGACCCUCAUAUGUUGAAACGCCAAGUUUUUUUUUUUGGGUGAAAGUGUUAAGAGAACGCCAACACCAAGUUUUCAAUAGCUUGAUUCAUUGAACCAAGACGCAACACACAACAAGUCUAUCAAGAAAUGCAAUUGAAAUCCCACCUAAUUAUUAAAUAUUCUCUCUGUUUCAAAAAAAGUACAUUUUAAAAUUUUAAAAUAUAUUAAAAUAUAUUAAUUUUGACUAUCAAUGUAUUUUUUUGCAAUUAAAUAUUUCAUAUUAUUUUUAACCAACAUAAUUUCAGUUAAACACAAUUAUUGUUUUUAAAAUUCAAAAUUUACCAUUAGCUAAUAUAUUGAAAAUGUUAAAAUAUAUCUUCUUGAAAUGACUUUUUUUCUUCUAAAACAUGAUAUUUUUUCGAAACAGAGAGAAUGUUAAUUUGGUUCGGUUUCACCAGAUUCCGGUCAGUUGUUAAUACCAAAAUUUGUAAAUAUUAAUUCAUCUAUUUCCAAAAGUAAAAUUUUCUAGAGAUUAUUCUUGUUCUACAAAAAUAGAUUUUCUAAAGUAUUUUUGUAUACUUUUGAGAAACAUUAACUAUGAAUUUGAUUAAAAUUUUAUUAGUGUAUAGUUAUUAGAAAAUGUAUUGAAAAAUAAAUUGUAAAUUAAAUUGUAAACAUUUAUUAUAUUUUUAAAAAAUGUGAAAACUCCAAAAAAAUUUAGAACGGAGAGAGUAUAUUUUUAUCAGUUAAUUAAAAAUUUGACGAAAUUUUCUUCCAAGAAAAUAUUAAAAGUGCAUACAUGUAUACAUACAUUAGGCACGUGGGUACACUGUAUACGUAUGGUUGACUUUUGCACACCGGAGAUUAAGGGAUUAGGCACGUUGGUGCAAGAGAAGUCACUUAGUGGAUCUUGUCCUAAAAAGAGCUAGCAGUCAACAUUAGGCUUCAGCUUAAAGUAUCUCCAGCUCUUUACUUCUCCAAGCAGACACAAUAACACUCUUUUCCCCCGCAGCUCUCGGAUCUCAAAUAGCGUUUUUAACUUUAGAGGUUGCAAAAGCAAACUCAUGAACAUCUUCAACUUUUCUUGGAGAAACCAAAGAGGAAAGGUUUCCAUCAAAACAUCAAGGACGAACAUCUCUUCUUAUCUGGUAAUAAUGUUUCUCUUUACCUCUCACUUCUGUCCACAUUCUUUCCAAUGUUCUUAGAUAGGACUCUUGGACUUAACUUAUGUCUUAGAUUUACAUUUUCCUCUGUUUUACUCAGGUUAAGAUUAGAGCCAAUCACUGAAAGAACUUAGUUUUCUUAUGGGGAGAUCUUGUUUGCCGAGAUGGAGAUUAGGAAGGUUAAUGGCAGGAUUACAACUGAUCCUAGGGUUAGUAGUGAUCACUGUGAGCCUCUCAUGUCUCUAUAGAUUCCAUUCCGCUGGCUACUUCUUGCACAAUGAAGACAUUUGCCGCACCAUCUACACAAUCAAACAAGUCAACAACAACGAAGGAUUCGACCUAAAGGCGCUGCACGAUCGCGUCGAUGAAGUCCUCGAAAAGAUGGAUAACUUGUACGACAAGCUAGAGAAGACGGUAAAGGAAAUGGAGAAGAGCAAAGAGGGAAGCAAAAAAGAGAUGAAGAAGUUUCUUGAGGAAGAAGUAAUGAAGCCGUUUUAUCACGCUCACAUAGAGUUAAGGCAAAUCCGCUUACCAAACCCUCAAGGAAUCAGAAACUCAACGGAGAAAGAAGAUCCCUUGAUCAACAAGUUUCUAAUAGAGGAGAUAAGGAAGUACAUAACCCCAAAGGAGAAUCAUGUUGGGAAGAUGAACAUGUUUGGAACUGAGAGAGUUUACAACACAAUAGGUCAUGCUUGUGUGUUGAUGAAGACGGAGCUAGAGAAGUACAUGGACUAUGACGUUGGAGCGUAUUGUGAUGAUGAUUGGAGCUUAGCACAGAAGCUUAUGGUUAACGGGUGUGACCCCUUGCCUAGGAGACGGUGCUUGACAAGAGCAUCAAUGACUUACCAGAAGCCUUAUCCCAUCAACGAGUCGUUAUGGAAGCUUCCUGAUGAUAGAAACGUGAGGUGGGGGAAUUACCAGUGCAGGAACUUUGCGUGCUUGUCAAGUAAAAACCCUAAAAGGGGUUACACAAAAUGCACUGGAUGUUUUGAGAUGGAGAAAGAGAGUACUAAAUGGGUCAAGAACAGCACUCUGUUAGCUGAUUUCAAGAUUGAUGAUGUUCUGCGAGUGAAGCCAGGUGAGAUUAGGAUUGGUUUGGAUGUUGGUGUUGGGACAGGAACAUUUGCAGCGAGAAUGAGAGAGAAGAAUGUGACUAUUGUCACUACUGCUCUCAACUUGGGAGCUCCUUUCAGUGAGAUGAUUGCGCUGCGAGGUUUGGUCCCUUUGUACAUCUCUUUGAACCAGAGGCUGCCGUUUUUCGACAACACUAUGGAUAUGAUUCAUACUGCUGGGUUAAUGGACGGUUGGAUCGAUCUUCUUCUGAUGGAUUUCGUGUUGUAUGAUUGGGAUAGAGUGCUGAGACCGGGUGGGUUGCUGUGGAUUGAUAGAUUCUUCUGUAAGAAGAAGGAUCUUGAUGACUAUAUGUACAUGUUUUUGCAGUUUAGGUACAAGAAACACAAGUGGGCUAUUUCGCCUAAGUCAAAGGAUGAGGUUUAUCUCUCUGCAUUGCUUGAGAAACCUCCUCGUGCAAUCUAACUACACAAGUUUAAGCUUAUAUGUUUGUAUCAGACAUUCUAAUUCAUUUGAUUGUCUAAUCUUUGUUUUAAUUUGAAAACAAUUAUAAUA